UUUUCAGCUUGAAAAUCGAACCAGUGGUUCCAUCGGAAUCAUAUUUACAAGUUUUAUCUCUAUGAUUUUUUAUGUGCUCCUACCCUCCACCCUAUCCACACGUCACUCAGGCACCUUCCACCCUAACACACAAGUCACUCAGCCACCACCCCACCCACAAGUCAGCCUUCAUUCUUAGUGCUCAGGCUGGUCACAACUUUUCUUAGUUCUUCAGCUUGUUCACUUGUCAUAUUGACAGUGAUCGUGGCUAGUCCUAGGACAUAGUAUUUCCAGACGCACUUCACAUAUAAUUUAAAAUGGAUUCAAGACAUACGGUGAAGGGAAAGAAGAAGUUGGUUCUUUCAGCCAGGAGAAUGAAAAGGCGGCUACCACCAGAAUUUCAUGCUAACAGAUGUAGAAGGAUUGAAGAACAAACCUUAUCGUUCGAAGCGCCUUCAUCUUCCCAGGCUGACAGUGUCUCAGCAGAUGCCAUUUCUGUAUCCACUGAGAACUUUCAACCCAGUGCAACGUCAACUCCUAAAGGAAAGAAGAGAAGACCACACAAAAGAAAAGUACCAGUGCAUUUGAUGAAAUGGAGAUUACAGCAAAAGAAAUCUAAAGGAGAAGAAAAAUCUGGGCCAUCAACAUCUUCCACCUUAGAGUCAAAUCUAAAAAACAGCGUCCUUGAUGGCACCUCUGAUUUUGCUACAAUUGUGCCACCAAUCCCCUCAAUUGGUCUACAACCAGCUUUGAACCAUGAGAUUGAUACCACCUCAAUGUGAAAUAGUGGAGUUUCUUACGUGGAGAGUAACGUCUGUGAUACUUUACUAACAAGAUAUGAUGAGUAUCCAGAUCUAAUAGUUGAGCCGGAUGGAAGACCACCGAAAGACGAUUUUAAUAUUAUUUCUGGCCGAUUUAUUGUGGACGGCAAACAUCUUGUGCAAGAAUUGAGAUCUU